UUUUCGUUUGGAAUAUCCGAAAUAACUCGUAUUUAAAUUAUUGACGAUACUUUCCACCUAUAAAAACACGACCUAAACCUAGUUCUGCAACAAUCAGAAAUGAAGCGUCAAGCCACAGGAUUAGUGCUUUGUGCGCUUUUGCUCAGCACAUUCGGCCAUGAGCUUUUAAACCGACACCAUUUGGCCCAAUCGGCUCGACAUUCUCCUCUCCUUUCUCGUUUACACAGCAGACACAACAAGGCAAAAUCUGAAGAAUGCACCAUUCAGUGUGUAUCAACAGAGUCUAACUCCACCACGUCUCAAUUAGAAGUCUUGGUCAAUGCCACUGUUAAUCUGGUGGCUAUUGUAAAUGUAACAGCAGAACUUGCCAUCGUUGUGGACGUCAAUUCGAGUCUUGUUGCCAUUUUUAACGCUUCCAGCAGCUCUGUUAUUAUUGUUAACAUCGAGAGUAGUUCCGGUGUUGUAAUUUCUGGAGGCAAUCUCACAUGGAGUCAAUCUGUAAAAUUCGAAGCUUUCUUCGAAAGUCUAACAUCGUUGAAAAUCCUUUAUGAACAAGGCAAGAAAAACGGACAAAGUUUCACUUCCAGUAACAUCACUGCUGAAAUCUCGCUUCAAAUCAGUGUCGCUUUAUCCGUCCUAAGUUCUGGUAGCUAUUCAGUUGAAGGUAAAGAAGCCCUCACUCUUCUUGUCACAAUUUCCCGAAGUUUAUCCGCGUCAUUGAAAUUACUUUUGGUAUUUGUUGAAUCCACUACUAUCACUAUUACCAGCAAUUUGAAAAUAGUUGUUGGAGUGUUAGAAGGUCUUUCUGUGUUCUUCAACCAACUCAAAGGCGGUGUUUCCGUUUUGGUAAAGAACCACGUGAAACUCGAUCUCGAAGUGAUUCUCCAAAGUCGCACUUCUGUCGACAUUUUCUUGUACGUUUUGAUUCAAUUGAACUCAAGUGGAGUCAAACUAACCGAAGUCCUUGAAGGUGUAAUCACCUCGUCUGAAAGCUUCUUUUUGCUUCUUGCAAGUUUGGGUGGAAAUUCAACUGAAGGUUUCAACGGUUUUAUCACAGUAGUUUCCGAAAUUGUUGCUCUGGUCCAUGGUCAUAGUACCAUCCAAGCUGUGGUGGUUGCCCUAAUCGAAUUUUACGGUAGUUCGUCGCGUGAUCACAAUUUAAGCGAAGAAUGGAAAACUAGUAUCGAAGUUUUGAUUAAAGUAAUCUCGCAAUUGAAAUUGACCAGAACUUUCAAGGUUGUGCUCAAAGUUUUGAACGAAAUUCGAGAAGAAAAAUGGGUAGAAAACAACGUCAAUUUAUCGGCGAUUAUCAAAGUUUUAAUCGAAGUUAAUGAUUCAUCGGUUCCUCUUGACCAAAUCAUUCGAAUUCUUGUUUUGAUUGUAAGAGUUGUUGCAAUUGAAAUUUCCGUUUCCAUCCUACUUUUGGAAUUGAUUCGACUUUUAACUACACGAUCUGGAGGCGCAAUUAUUGUAAUUUUGGUACCAACUAUUAAAAUUGAAUACAAUUCUUCUACCACGAUUUUGGUGCAAAUUCUUCGCGGAAUCAACAUAAGGGACCUACUUUCUGGCAAUUUCCUCCAGAUUUUGCGACACCUUCCAGUGAUUGGUGACAUUUAUGUUAGCAUUUCACGAUCUUUGAAAGUCUACGCUAGUCUUGACAUCCAAGUUGUACUAACUCGAAGCGGUUCCAGAAAAAUUUUAAUACAAAUUAGAGAAAUCUUUAUUGCAACGAUUAAAGAAAGCGUCACCGGUGCUGUUAGUUCGUCUGGUUCUGGACAGGGAGGUGGAAGCGCCAGUUCCAAUGGAACCGGUCAUUCAGAAGGAAGUGGUUAUGGAUAUGGUGGAGGUUCGUCCGAAAGUGGAAAUGAAACGUCGCAAGCGCAUGGUAGUGGAGGAGGAAAUGGAGUCGCAUCGUCAGAAGGAAACGGUACCGCUACAGGUCAAGGUUACGGAAGUGGAGAAGGAUCAUCAGAGAGUGGAAGUGGAACGUCGCAAGCGAAUGGUAGCGGAGGAGGAAAUGGAGUCGCGUCAUCAGAAGGGAACGGUACCGCUACAGGUCAAGGUUACGGAAGUGGUGAAGGAUCAGUAAACAGUGAAAAUGGGUCAUCACAAGCGCAAGGUGGUGGAGCUGGAGCAGGAACAGCAUCCUCUGAAGGCAAUAGUUCUGCAAGUGGUAGCGGUUACGGAAGUGGAAGUGGUUCCGUCGUUCAACAUCACGUUACUAGUGGUAGCAGUGGUGGAAGCGCAGAAGGUGGAGAAUCAAAUGGAAACGGAGGAUCCAGUGGAGGAGUAAAUGGAGGUAUCAGUGGAGGAGGAAGUGGUAAUAUUGGAGCCAGUGGAGGUGGCUCAGGAGGAGGUAAUGGAGGUUUUGGGGGCAGUGCUAGUGGAGGAAUUUCUGGAGGAAUUCAAGUUGGCUCAAGAGGUUCAGGACCUGCUGUAAUUCAUAAUAAGGAGCAUCACGGCAAAGCUCAUGAUAAACAACUUAAAAAUAAGGAAAAGCAUAAAGGACACGGAAAAGAGCACAAAAAAGCGUAAAAAUGAGGUCGGUUUUGUAUAAAGUGGCUAUGAAUAAAUAUUUUGAGCAUUA